AUGCCUGAGAAAGAAUACAUUACAAAUUUGCUCCCAAAGGAGGAGACGACACAAUCAAAGCCUUUAAGGUACAUCUCGAAGCAUCGUCCCCAAGUUGCAGAGGAGGAAAAACAGUCCAAGCGGCCAGCGAAAACAAUGGGACCCGCCAAAAUGCCUGUGCCUUCCACAAAGAAUUAUCUAAAAAAACACUCAAAGGAGCCGGGUCUCCCUGAAAAAAAGCCCUUCAAAUAUCCUGACGAUGAGAGAAAGCGUCCGCCUAUUCCGUGCAAAAAGGAUGUCCCGUUGAUGGGGUUAAAGUCAAACAAAAAUUUCGUGACAGAGAACGCCUUGGAAAACGUCACAGCUAUUCCAAGGAAGCCGACCAAAAUUUACUGUGACACACGCAAAGGAGACAAACAUCUACUCCAGCCGUCAGGCCUUGAACCAAAUUACGUUCAGAAGACGAAUUACGGCGAGGUUCCUCCAUAUCUGAAGAAAAGAGAAGAAGAGAUGAAAAAAGCACAAGAACAAUAUGACGCCUACAUCAGCGAGCACGUGAAACAGGGCGCCAUGAAGCACCUGAGUGAGGAAGAACGUGAAAGCAUUCUGGCCGGUCUGAAAAAGAACUGGGAAGCCGUGCACCACGAUUACCAAGGGAUGUCGGUGGUCACCGACACGAUUAUGAAGAAGAACAUCAAGGAACGGCUUGAGAUGAUGAUGAAACAGUUGGAACGAGACAUUGAGAUCAUUGAGAGACACAAGACCAUCUACAUUGCCAAUUGA